AUGGUUCCCAACUGCUGGCAGAAAAUGCCCAGCUUGUUGUACCUCAAUCUGGCUAACAACAAUUUUUCGGGUGAAACUCCUCGCUCUCUUGGCUCUUUGCAUAGCCUCUAUGUACUACAAUUGCAUGGUAAUAAUUUAUUUGGCGAGAUGCCAUACAAUUUGAGACUUUGCCGCGACUUGAGAUUGAUUGAUUUUGGAGAUUCUCUUGAUCUAUCUCAUAACCGACUCUCGGUCAAUAUUCCUGCAAGUUUGGCGGAAAUACACACUCUUGGCGUUCUUGAUAUGUCGAACAACAAAUUGUCUGGAAAAAUUCCGACGGGUACUCAACUUCAGAACUUCAAUGCAUCAUCUUAUGCCGGGAAUGAUGGACUCUGUGGCAACCCUCUACCGAUGUGCGUUGAAGAUAGCAUGAGGCCAUCCACCACUAAUCCGGUGGAUAACAUGAAUGAGAAAGAUAGCAACAACUUCUCAUUUAUGCAAGAAGUUGGCAUAUCAAUGGGCUUUGGUUUUAUCUUUGGAUUUUGGGGAGUUAUUGGCUCAUUCGUAUUGAAGAAAUCAUGGAGAAUAGCAUUCUUCAACUUAUUCGAUGCUGCUGGAGAUUGGUUUUACGUCAGGAUUGCUGUGUUUGUAUCCAAAUGGAGGCGAAGCUGA